AUGGCCACGAUUCCACGGCAAGCCCAGGCGAGUGCCCCUACUCGCACGUGCGCACCAACGCAUGACCGACCGGCAAGCCCACCUAGGGGUCAAACGCCGGCCGUGGCACUGGAGAACGGGGACUCCGCAGACAGAUGCGGGCGCGCCGGUACGGCCACGGCACCGUACACUGCGCACUCGCACUCGCACUCGCACUCGCACUCGCACUCGCACUCGCACUCGCACUCGCACUCGCACUCGCACUCGCACUCGCACUCACGCCGACAAGUACGGCAGGCGUACGGCGUGCAUGAACUCGCCCAUGUGUGGGCAUGCUUGCGAGGACAUGGGCCGUCCGGCAGGCGCUCGCCGUGCGGCAAUGCCAAUGUUCUCGUGCGUGCCGGGUCGCGAAUGGCACGCGCUGCCAUGGCCUACCCCCGCGGCGCAGGUGCCGCUGCGUGUGUAUGCAGUGCUCCGCAUGCUACGCAGGCGCUGCCGUGCUCGGUUCCGACGUGGCGCCCGACGGAAGUGGCACACGGCCGCCGUCCGAAUCGGCGACCGGCGCCUCCGUGGCCGACGGACCUGUCCGAUACCCGAGCACCGCGGCCUUUGAUUGGCGGCGGCGGCGAUCCUGGCGAGCCACGGCAAACCCAGGCGACAAGGGCUCGCCGCCUUCCCACCCCACCCACCUGCAGCAGGCAUGCCGGCGACAACGCUCGGUGCCGCCCACGAACGGUAGGCCGCAGGGCGGACGCCGUGCUCGUCCAGGCUCGCGGCGAGAACGCGUAUGGGCACAGACGGCGUGCGCAGGGGCCGAGCAGCACCUCCUCUGCGGCCGCGGCCACGGCGACGCGCACUCACGCCGAGGACGGGGGACCGGUGAGGCGCCGACACGUACUUGCGUGCACGGCAGCCGACGAGCAUGCCACCGGAGAAGACAUGCGAGUAAUAAUUACCAGCCCCCGGCGGUACAAGCAAGUACCUGCUGAGGUGCCCGCACCGCACAGUGCCUACUAG